CUGUCCCUUCCUGCUGUGAAAGAGACUCUCUCUGGUCCCAAAGUGUUAAUCUUCCUUGUCUGGGAGAUUAAAAGAAAAAGGUGGUUUCAUCUCCAGGCAACACCCUGUGCCAAAAAAAUGGUUUCUUUGCAAUAGUCCUAGAAAGGAGAUCCAAGAAGAUAAGAUCAGACUGGAAUGAGAUAACAUCAGCCAAAGAAAUGGUGCCGGAAUUAACAAUAAGGAAAACAAGCACAGAUGAAUUCAGUAAGUGUGAAAGCUAUGGGGCCUGUUGGGCUGGUCCCUGCUCAGUCAGCUGUGGAGAAACACACCGAGGAGAAAGCCCGGCUGCCCCGCGGGCACACAGAGCUCAGCUCUGCCAUCAUCUUCACCAGGAAGGCUGCAGGUAUCCUUGUGCAGCUGAAUAGGUCUGGCUGAGCCCAGCACCUGCAGGGCCUUUGCUGGAAAAUAAAGGUUUGUCCUUGAGGCAAUCUGCAUGUGGAAACGACCUCUUCCAGCAGAGAAAAUGGGCCAGAAGGUCUCCCAGGAGGACAACCAGGAGAACAAGGCUGAAACUCUGGUCAUCUGUGAAGUCUUCAGCCAGGGUGUGCUCCAUGCAUCUCAAAGGCUGAAGGAUUAUCUGGGUUUUGUGGAUCCUCAAAGCAAAUUCCAGCCAGCCACGAACACGCUGAGCAAGAUCUUCAACUUCAUUGGCUUCUGCGUGGGAAGGGGUGUGGAUGAGCAGAUCAUGACCAGCAAAAUGACCAAGCAGCAGUCCUCCCUGUUCGGAGUGGACUGGAUCUGGACUCUGUGUGGGUCUGACAAGCAGAUCAAGCUGCAGAUCACCGUGCAGGCUUUGCAGCCAGCCGAGCUCUUCUACGGAGAGUGCCCUGCUGAGGAUUGCUGCCGGGAGGCCACGCUGGCCGACGAGUGCUUCCAGAACAUGAGCAGGUUUGAGAAGCUGGCCGAGUUCUGCCGCCUGGUGGGACGGGACUGCCUGGGCUUGUUCGUCGUGUUCGGCGUGCCAGGGAAGCCCAAGGACAUCGGAGGAGUCCUGCUGGACAGCGUUGCCAAGGAGGAGCAAAAAUGCUGCCUGUCGGGCAGGAAUGCACUGCAGCAAUUUGUCACCAGCACUGACAGCUCCCUGCCCACAAAAGACAUGCUGGAAAAUUGCCUGGGCACCAAAAAUAGGCUGAAGGACGUGGGCAAUGUGUACAUAAACUUUGUGUGAGCAGCUGGGCAGGAGCAGCGGCUCCGUACAGCACCAGGGGCCAUGCGGGGCUCAGUUCUGCCCCUCUUUCUCUCCUCCCCACACUCCAUUCCCUCCACCUUCCACUCAACCCAUUGUGUUCCCUUAGCUCCUGCAGAAGCCAGGCUGAGUCAGCCUCUCCAGGUUUUAAAACAACGGGACGGACCUGCCAGAAAAAUGUGUUUACAGAAGGCACGAUGUUUUUCCAGAACAUUUUGUUCGUCAGACAUUAAGUCUUGGCUGGAGCUGCUGAAAGCUUUGUCAGCCAGAGCUCUGGGGAGGUCCUGGUGGAUUUGACUCAGAGCCUUUGUUUGCAGUGUGGCAGAUUUUUUUUUUCUGUCCUAGGAGGGUGAGUCUGUAAUAAUGGAAAUUUGCUAGUGCUGGUCAGAAGAGUUGCAAUGAGUGUGAAGGACAAUACCAGGCCUUAAAAUGACUGAUUUGAAGGAAUGAGCUGGUUUCCAUUAAGGGGAAAAGCCCUUCCCAGUGCCAGAAAUGGGCUCUGAGAGAGACUUAUUAAUUACCUGCUCCCUAAUUGGUGCCAGGCUCCACAGGGCCUUGGAGCUAUGAACAAAAGGCAGGGCUGGAGCCAGCUUCAAAGCUUUUCUCACUGAGUGGUUGUGUCAAGGCAAGGUGUGGCAAAAGCUAGGGGCAGGUGUUCAAGAACACUUAGGAAAAAUCGAGCAGUGGGGACAAAAACCAGGCCUGAUGUGGGUGGGACCUUUUCACAGCAACAGAGGCAGCCCCUGACCAUUCACAGCAGAGAGCAAAUCUGGAGGAGGCAAGAUUAUGUCACUUGGAAUUUCUUUUCAGUAGCUUAGCAGCUGAUGGCAUUUAUGGGCUUGAUUUAUUCUAUUUCCCUCUGCUUUUUCUGGACUAAGUCAGGCUUUUGGGUUAUGCAGUUAUAAUUACUUGCUUUGCUGUUAACCAGUGAAGGAGGACCUGAUCCAUAUUCAAACUGGUAAACUCACUUUGGUUAUAGCUGUCUGAAUAGUCUUGUCAGUGCAAAACUCAUCUGCCUCUAAUUUUUAUAUAAAUUCAGUCAUUUAACAGAAUAAAAAUAAUUUUGAAAACACAUUAAUCUUUCACUAUUUACCAUUGUAAGACGGGCAGCUGUGAGAGCUGAGAAUCAGAGGCUGUUACUUAGAGAGCCAUUAAAAAAGAGCCUAAAGAGGCUGAGGCAUCAGUGCCACUAGUGUUUGCAGCAUUCCAUGGCAGAGGCAGGGAAAGGAGAACUGAAAUAAAAACAAACACAGAGAACUGUGACAUUUUUGCUGAGUCACAAACGUAGCUGGGUUUGGAGGAGGGUGACCUUUCAGUCCUGAAACAGUUCAUUGAGAUAGAAUUGUUUUUAAAGAGCUGCUGUCACUGUAUUCUGUGUGUAUAUUCUGGGUUUGGUGGGACAGAGGAGACAGUUCUGGUGUGUUGCACAGAGAUCCUGCAUAACUGUGGGGGAUUGGGGUUUUUUUGCCUGUUUAAACUAACAGAAUAAUCAAUACUGCAUCAGGAUUGAGACUGCUUUAUAAAAGACCCGCAGAAAGCUUUAAUUUUGCAUUAAAUUGGUAUAUUAUAACUAGUGUGACUUCACCUAUCCAGUUCUUUAGAAAAGCUGGUUUGCU